AUGGAAUCAAUUUAUGACGAAAUAGAAAUUGAAGAUUUUACAUUUGAUCCAGUUUUACAAAUAUUUCAAUAUCCUUGUCCAUGCGGUGAUAGAUUUGCCAUUGCAUUAGAUGAUUUAAAGGAUGGAGAAGAUAUUGCAGUUUGUCCAUCAUGUUCAUUAAUGGUUAAAGUUAUAUUUGAACCAGAAGAUCUAGAAGAAUAUACAUAA